AUGGUAAACCCCGUGACAUCUGAGAAUUGCCGUUGGAAGUAUGACCAUCCCGAAGUGGCUCAAUAUACAGGGAAGGUUCCCGAUUUGGAGUACUUUGACGGGCAGUUCUUCAAAGUACAUUAUCGUCUUGGAAACACUAUGGAUUCUAUGUCUAGAAAAGUGUUGGAACAGUCAUUUCAGGCUAUUUACGAUGCUGGUAUUAAUUCCGACGAUCUGUCUGGCAAGAAAGUAGGAGUUUACAUGGGAACAUGUUUUUCUGAAGCAGAGAGAGCUAAUUUUUAUAUGGUUAGUUCCAGGACCGGGUUUGGUAUUAUGGGAUGCAGUAAAAGUAUGUUCGCAAAUCGUAUUUCCUACUGGUUGAAUGCUAAGGGUCCAUCCAUGUCAGUAGACCAGGCCUGCUGUAGUUCCACUGUGGCAUUGGAACUUGCAUAUAAUUCCAUAUUACAUGGUGAAGUGGACGCUGCUAUUGUUGGAGGAGCUAGUUUAUGUCUUCUCCCACAGUCUUCUGUUCACUUAAGAAGAGUUCUACAGCUUAACAAAGAUGGCAGAACAAAAUCAUUUGAUAAAAAUGCCUGUGGAUGUGCAAAGUCUGAAGCUGUCAACGUUUUGUUUCUUCAGAGAGCAAAGGAUGCUUUAAGAGUUUACGCUGAAGUAGUUAAUGUGAAAUCAGAAUUUUCUGGUUUACCUGAAGGAGAAAAUGGUCCGAAAUUUGGCUUUUACCGUGAGAUAGACAGAGUUGGAGAUUUCCUGAAAGAGUUCUAUAGACAGUCAAGAGUUGCUCCGGAAGAGGUAGAAUAUGUUGAAGCGGUAGGAUCAGCGACUUCUGAGAAUGAUAAAAUGGAAUUAGAAGUGAUUAACGACGUGUUUUGUAAGAAACGUGAUGUAAACAAUCAACUGCUUGUUGGAAGUGUGAUGUCUAACAUUGGAUAUGGAGAGGCCGCUUCAGGAAUUUCUGCUAUAACUAAGGUGGGUUUAGAAUUCUCACUAGAUCAGGUCGUUCUCGGCUAUGAAAGGGGAGAGAUCGCAUCGAACCUUCACUGUGAGAACCCUCGCGAUGAUGUCGUCGGGCUUCGCGAAGGAAAAAUGAGUAUUGUGACUGAUCAUAAAUCCUUUAACCGUGGGUAUGUCGGUGUUAAUGGCUUUUCGGUCACCGGUGUAAAUGCACACGUCUUGCUGCAUGGACAUUACAAACCCAAGGAUAUUAACCGAUACAAGUCAAGCAUCCCUCAUCUUGUUACAAUAUCUGGAAGGCAGCAAUCGGCUGUAGAGAAAAUUUUGAAUGACCUCAAGUCCCGGCCAAUAGAUCCCGAAGAAUUGGCUCUCUUGCACAAUAUACACAAGAACAAAAUUUCUGCGCAUUUGGGAAGAGGAUUCACUAUCUUGGACAAAAACGAAAAGGACGAGACGAUAAGCUUAGCAGAGAAAGCUGAUUAUUAUGAUGAUACCACAAGUCCUCUGUGGUUCGUCUACAGUGGUAUGGGCUCGCAGUGGGCCGGUAUGGGAACGCAACUCAUGCGCAUACCAGUCUUCGCUGCAGCGAUUGAAAGGUGUCGUAAAGCCUUGGAACCAAAAGGAAUAGAUAUAGUACACAUAAUUACUACACCUGACAAGACUAUCAUGGAUAAUAUUCUUCACUGUUUCGUUGGAAUCGCUGCUGUCCAAAUUGGACUUACAGAUGUGCUGAAGGAGUUGGGACUUGUUCCUGAUAAAAUUAUAGGUCACAGUGUAGGCGAACUUGGUUGCGCAUACGCCGAUGGUUGCCUUACUGCAGAGGAAAUGAUCUUAUCUGCGUACAGUCGUGGGCUCGUGUCUGUACAGACACCAUUUAUUCGCGGUUCCAUGGCUGCUGUUGGCAUGGGGUACCAAGAGGUUUCAAAAUUAGUCCCGAAGGAAAUAGAGGUAGCGUGCCAUAAUAGUUCCGAAUCGAGUACAAUAUCCGGUCCAGCAGAUGCCAUGAAGGCUUUCGUAGAAUCGCUGACUGCGAAAGGCAUCUUUGCUAAGGAGGUUCCGUGCUCCAAUAUUGCUUAUCAUUCUAGAUAUAUUGCUGAAGCUGGGCCUGGUCUUCUUAAAUAUCUGAACGAAGUGAUUACAACUCCGAGGCUCCGUAGCGACCGUUGGGUAUCUACAUCAAUACCUCAAGACAGAUGGAACGAGGAACUUGCUAAAUAUUCUUCGGCAGAAUAUCACACCAAUAAUUUGCUGAACCCAGUGCUAUUCGAAGAAACUUCAGCGCUGAUUCCCAAAAACGCUAUAUUAGUUGAAGUGGCCCCACAUGGUCUGCUGCAGGCUAUUCUUAAGCGUUCCCUGCCUGCCUGUACUAAUAUUCCUCUCACUAGGCGAGGACACGUGGAUAAUGUUAUUUUCUUAUUGGAGGCUAUUGGAAAAUUAUACUUAGAAGGAUUUAACCCUAAAAUUUCCGCGCUAUAUCCAAAGGUCGAGUUUCCUGUAUCAACGGGAACUCCUAUGUUGGGCCAUCAAGUGGAAUGGGCGCACACUGAGAAAUGGAACCUGUCUCUCUACGUUUCAGCCGAAAAGAGAACGGCAACUGCAUGCAAAUUUGUAAUAUCUGUUCACGAUGAUGAACAUAUGUACUUAAAAGGUCACGUGAUCAAAGAAAAAAAUGUUUACCCGUUCUCCGCUGCUCUGGUUUCCGUAUGGGAUACGUUUGCGAUGUAUAACGGUUUUGAAAAGAGGAAUGUAUCGGUACAGUUUACCGAAUUACACUUCUUCUCUCAACCAAUAUUGCAGAAGAGAAGGCAGCUGCGAAUCAACGUCAAUUGGCACAGGGGCACAGGAAAGUUUGAGGUAAUAAACGAAGAGGUCGUUAUCAUCACUGGGUAUAUCUCGUUGGCCGACAAAAAAGAAACCAUUAUACCACGUCAAAUACAACAGGCUAGUGAACCUUUGUCCCUAAAAUCGGACGAUGUUUACAAAUUACUUUACACCAAGGAUUUCAAUUACAGCGGCGACUUUAAGACUAUUCAAUCUGCAAAUUAUACAAUUACUGAAGCAGAAGUAUUAUGGAAUAAGAACUGGACUACGUUUAUCGAUGGUGUCUUCCAGUUGAACGCUCUGAAAAGAAAGGAGAAGGUUUGUUCCUUACCAGAGUUUGUGAGGAAAAUAUCUAUCGAUGUUACUCGACACCGCGACAUUACGAAUGAUAAAGUCACCGCAGUGCCUGCUCAGGUCUCCGAAGUGUUUGAUAAAACAAGCUGCGGUGGAGUUGUCAUAGAAAACUUGCGUUACCACGAUCUGUCCGCAUAUAAAACUGACAUAUCUCUAAAAACAAUGCAGUUUGUACCGCAUUAUGUUGCAGACUCAGCCAAUGAAGUUUCAGCUCUCCAUACAUAUCUCCAAAUAAUCUCUGAGAAUAUUUACAAGAAUGAAGUUUCCAUCCUGCAAGUUGUAGAUACUAAAGAAUCUAAAUUCGAUCGUUUGUAUGAAGUCCUCAAUGACGUUUCUGGUGUAAAAAUGAAUUACAGUGAAGUUGCUGGAACCGAGAUAGCGAAUAAUAACUUGAAUGCUGAUGUUAUUUUCGUCAACCAUUUAUCUUCUAAUGAAACGCUCUGCAAAGAGUUUUACAGCAAACUGAAACCAAACACUUACAUCGUUAACAAAGAAUACAAUAACGAGAUGAAAACAAGACCGGAUUCAUUGUACAGUGUCGCGUGUGUACACGACACUGGAGAUAAAAUAAUUCAAUUGAUAAGGUGGCAACCGCCUAACAAAACGGCCGGAGCUAGUUUCGUAACUGUACGCUCGGAGGCAGAUCUCAGCCAUUUGUCCAGUACAGUGGCUGUGUUGCCUAGCAACCAAAGAAUAGUUGUCUUCUCUCCUUACCCACCAGUGAACAGUCUAGAAGAUUCCAUUAAGAAAUGGCGUAAAACUGGACGUGAUGUAAGACUGAUGAUGAUACACGACCAAGAUAAUGAGGAGCAACAAGUGGAUACGUUACCAGCAUCUGAGUUUGCUGUUGCUGUUUUAAACAAAGGUAGAUGGGGAGGAUAUUACUACAUACCAGUGGAAAAGACAUCCGAAAAGAAGAUAAAGAAUGUUGUUCUGCAGAGCGAAACUGUUGGUGAUAUGGAUUCGUUGAAAUGGGUUGAGGCUCCUGAAAUUUCAAAUUCAGAGUCUACAAUUAAAGUAUCAGUACAUUACGUUGGAAUCAAUGAAAUGGAUGUAAAGAGAGCUUCAGGCGUCGUUCCAUUCAACAGAGGCUGUAAUAAAGCCUACGGUAUGGACUACAGCGGUGAAACAGACCACGGUACAAGAGUUAUGGGUGUAAUAAGUGAAGGUUCUGCGCAAAGUUACGUCAAAGCAGACCCAAGACUUUUAUGGCCGGUCCCGGAUCAUUGGACCUUGGAAGAUGCAGCCACUGUACCACUUGCGUACUGUCAAGCCUUUUAUUGCUUGGUCAUCAAAGCUAAACUAGUAUCUGGCAUGAAGGUACUCAUUCAUGGUGGUACUGGGGCGUUGGGACAAGCUGCCAUAUCCAUUUGCCUGGCAAGUAACUGCGAAGUUUUCACCACAGUUUCUGACAGGAGCAAAAAGACGUUCCUCAAGAGACUCUUCCCGCAGCUCAAAGAUAGCAAUAUUGGAAACUCGAGGGACCUUACUUUUGGCGAUAUGGUUUUGGGUAAAACCAAAGGUGAAGGUUGCGACGUAAUCAUAUCAUGCGUAAAGGGUGAACUUAAGAGUAUAUCCCUGAAAUGCUGUGCAGCAUCAGGUAUGGUGAUCGACACCGGAUUAUUGCAAAACAAAGAAAAAUACACAUAUGGAAUGUACAACAUGACCAAGAGUAGGUCGUUCAAUGUUAUAGAUUUCACAUCUGUAUUUAAUAAUGAGCGGCCAGAAGAAUUAAAGCUCCUCCAGCUCCUCGUAAGCGAGGGCAUAGCCCGCGGGUGCGUCCGUCCGCUGACGCGUGUGGUUUACGCCCCUGAAGAAGCGUCCAGAGCUUUCCGCCUUGUAGCUGCCAGCAAGCAUCGCGGUCGAGCCCUCGUGCAACUAAAGAACAACAUCGCUGUUGAAAAAACAAGACUAAACGUCUCGUCCGACAAGUACCAUGUCGUCAUUUCUGACGAAGACGUUCUAGUGAUGGAGUUUGUAGACAGACUCGCCCAGGAAGGAGCAAGGAAGAUACAACUUAUUUGUCCGAAACUCUCUAACUGCCUUGUGUAUAAGAUCAAGAUAUGGAAAGAAAAGGGUGUGCUAAUCGAACUGACCACUGAAGACCUGUGGAAUAAAAACAAAAUUCCUGAGAUUCUUGAUGACACAAUAAAGAAGGACAUUGAGGGUAUUUACACAAUCAUCACGGACGUGAGCAAUUCUUCUAGAGUUACUGAAUUCUUAGCGAGCUUAGACAAAGCCUCGAGGAAAGGUUGUCCAAAUUUGACGUAUUUUAGUGUAAUAAGUGAAAACAGUCAGAUUGGAGAUCAAAUUUGUGCCUCUCGGAGCAAAAGUCUUUUGCCCGCCACACACGUGAAGCUACCGCUUCUUAAAAGAUUUGACGACUCCACUAAUUCCAAAGCUAUAUCCGUCAACACAGCAGUCAGUGCAAUUGAACAAGCUUUGUUAUCACAGAAUGUCCUGAUUACUGCCCAGAUACCCUACAGAAAUGUUUCUCUAAGCGAGGAAAUUGCUUUGUUAGCGGGUGUGACAAUCUCAAAGGACAUCGAUGCUAAUACAACGCUUUUCGACCUUGGAAUGGAUCUCUCUAAGACACAAGCAAUACGCGCGUGUUUAAGAGACAAGUAUUGUAUAGCGGUGGAGGAGGAUCUAAUACCACGUUUGACAAUUGAAAAAUUGCAGAUGUACGAAACCAUAGCAUCCGAAGUGGAGUUCAAUGACUGCAAGGAUCUGGAAACUUUCUUUUCGUAUAUAGAUGACAAUGAACUUCUAGCGGUCACAGAGAUGGUGUUCUUACCAACAAUGAUAAACACCACCGCUAUGCGCCACGAUGAAUUUGACGCCAGUCAAAUCUUCUUGUGCAUCGUUCCUGGAAUGGAAGGACACCAUGCGCGUUUCACAAAAAUGUGUGAGCGGCUGAAGUUGCCAGCUAUGGUACUGCAGCCGAAAUUGGGGGACACUUCCGAAACUUUAGAAGAGUUAGCUGAGAAGCUAGCAAAGACGCUUCUAGAGCAAACGGAGUUGAAAAAUUUCUAUCUCCUGGGAUACGAAUCUGGAGUCUGUGUCGCUUUAGAAAUUGCUUCGAUUUUGGAGAACAAAGGUCUCACCGGCGUUGUCUAUUGCCUGGGUGGCUCCCCACAUGAAGUUAAACAGCAAAUCGAGUCACAGUUGAUGGAGUUCAAGGACGAAACAUCUCUUUGGGAAGCGAUUACGAAGCACAUGCUUAAGAUGAUGUCGGGCGAAGACACGGAAUGUCUCUCCGAGAUCUUCAAAGACAGCAUUUCGCUGAGUGAAAAGGUGGAGGCCAGCAUUCGGACCUUCAUUGGUAAAAUUGAUCAUUCAGCUCAAUAUACCAAGUACUUAAUUGAGGCUGCGUGUUGUCGUAUCAAGCAGGUGAAGAAAUACACUCCGAAACCACAGAAUUUGCGGUCUACCCUCGUCCUGAUACGAGUCAAAACCUCCGAAGGUUCUCUGGUUGAAAAUUCUGUGGACGGUUACUCCCAAGAGCCAGUUCUUUACGAACUCGAAUCUCCGUUGGCGAUUUCGUCUCAAGAUCUUAUGUGCGCUGCAAUUAUAAAUAGGCAUCUGAGUAAAGACAUUCUAGAUGCUUUUGAAACGAAGAACUUGUGCGAAACAUAUGAAGUCACUUUCGACAGUACUAUUAUAUCCUAA